UUUCUCUGUUCACAGCGACGAGUAUGUGCAACGUGCUGGGAUGCCAGUACAAGUGUCAGGCCUCUCCCAUGGGAGGAGCUUGUUACUGUCCCGAGGGCAGGGUUCUCUCUAACGACUCGAGAACUUGCGUAGACCGCGACGAAUGUUCGGAAUGGGGCUUUUGCGAGCAGCUAUGCGAGAACACGGACGGUUCCUAUAUAUGCAGUUGCGCGUCAGGCUUCGUUCUCGAGGGUCGCAACAAAUGCAAAGCGUUGGCCCACGAUGGGAUCAACUUGGAGCUGUUAGUCGCGCAAGAGCGUGCCGUGUGGAGGAUGUCGCCCACGGGUGAAGACAGAGUAAUCGUUGCCAACACCACGGGUGCCAGCGGAGUGGACUACCUCUACUCGAAAAACAUGCUCUUCUGGAGCGACGUGAAGACCAGAAAGGUCCACAUGCAGCCUCUGUACGGCGAAGGAACCGGUUCGAACGUAGAUUUCUAUUUGGUGAGGUCCGGGGGGCCAGUGGCCAUCGCCGUGGACUGGAUAGGGCAGAAGCUGUACGUGGUGGACUCGCUCGUUCAAAAAAUAGACGUGUUCGAGUUGUACGGCAGGUAUCACGGCAUAGCCCUCGGCUCGAACUUGACCAGCCCAGCGGACAUUGGUUUGGACCCCACCGUGGGCCUGAUGUUUGUUGCUGACAGCAAGCAGGUCCUCAGAGCCAACAUGGACGGCACCAACGCCUUCCCGGUCGUCUCCGAAGCAGCUUACAGAGUCUCGGGUGUGGCAGUCGACGUGAUCGCUAGGAGGAUCUUCUGGUGCGAUUCGCAGCUGGACUAUAUAGAGACAGCCGAUUAUUUAGGCAAGAACAGAGUGAUGGUGCUCAGGGGAUCGCACACGCCAUCUCCUACCAGGCUCACCCUCUUCGAGAACAAGAUCUACUGGACGGACAACACCAAGCAGUCGAUCAUGAGCAUGGACAAGACCCAGGGCGACUAUUCCCUACAGACGGUGUUCAAGAUGAGGGACGCAAAGGCCAUCAAGGCUCUUCAUCCGCUCACGCAACCAACCGUUUCCAAUCCCUGCGGGAACAACAACGGUGGCUGCCAGCACAUGUGCAUCGUCACAGCAGCCAGCGAUCAGGAGAACAGGUUAGGUUAUCGGUGCGCUUGCGACAUACGCUGGAAGCUUUCUAGCGAUCAGAGGAACUGCAAUCCAGCGCAGGAGUUCUUGAUGUACUCCCAGCAGAGGUUCAUCAAAGGCAGAGUCCUGGACCCUGUAAUGGAAGGGUUCAGCGACGCCAUACUGCCCAUCGUGUCCAGGAGAGCCAGGUUCGUCGGCCUGGACUACGACGCUCGAAAUAUGCACAUCUACUACAGCGACGUCCUCCAGGACGUGAUCUACAGAAUCUAUCUGGAUGGAAGUGGCAGGGAGAUCGUCCUAGCCAGUCAGAACGAAGGAGUAGAAGGUCUGGCCGUCGACUGGGCCUCCAAGAACCUUUACUACAUCGACUCCCGCAAGGGAACCUUGAACGUCCUCAGUACUCAGAACGUAACCUACCGUAGAACUCUAUUGAAGAACCUGAAGCGCCCCAGGGCUAUCGUCAUCCACCCAAACCAUGGAUUCGUUUUCUUCUCCGAGUGGGACAGGCCUGCUAACAUCAGCAGAGCUUACACAGAUGGCUCGAAUCUGGUAGUUUUCAAAAACUUGACUCUAGGCUGGCCUAACGGUUUGGCCAUCGACUUCGCCAAGGAUAGACUUUACUGGUGCGACGCUCUGUUGGACCACGUCCAGCACUCGAAUCUGAACGGCACGGACGUUAAAACGGUGAAUUCCAGGCUUAUCAGGCACCCGUUCUCCAUGGCGAUUCACGAAGAGUGGAUGUACAUCACCGACUGGCGUCUAGACGCCAUUAUCCGUCUUCACAAAGAGACGGGCGAUCAGGAGUCCAUCCUGGUGCGAGAACCCGCCACCAACAGACUUUACGGGGUGAAAGUCUUUAGCCACGAGAUUCAGACUACUCCUCGAGACCACCCGUGUACCAUCAACAACGGUGGCUGCGAGAAACUCUGUUUCGCCAUCCCCCAGAACAACACCAACAGGUACGGGACAUCCAGACUGACGCGAGUCUGUGGUUGUCCUUAUGGCGAACGCAUUCAACCAGACGAAAGGACCUGCGCCCCAGACCCCGAAGGGGAACCACCCCUGGAAGCCUGUCCCAACGGUUGGGACUUUACCUGCGCCAACCAGAGGUGCGUCUCUCACACCUGGGUCUGCGACGGUGAAAACGACUGCUUGGAUAACAGCGACGAGCAGAAUUGCACCAAGCCUACAUGCGGCCCGAACGAGUUCCAGUGCAAGUCCGGGAGAUGCGUGCCCAUAGGCUUCCGGUGCGACUCGGAGAACGACUGCGGCGACUACAGCGACGAGGCAGGGUGCCCCAACGUGACCUGCAGCGCCAACCAGUUCGCCUGCGCGAACAACAGAUGCAUACCGAACACCUGGAAGUGCGACUCGGAGAACGACUGCGGGGACAGCUCGGACGAGGGUGAAUUCUGCGUCGCCAAGACCUGUUCCUACUUUCAAUUUACCUGUCCAAGGUCGGGCCAUUGUAUCCCCCAAUCUUGGGUCUGCGAUGGAGAUAACGACUGCUUCGAUCAGCAGGAUGAGAUGGACUGUCCACCCGUUACAUGUCUCAGCACUCAGUUUACGUGUGCCGAUCAGAAGAUGUGCGUUCUUGAUUCGUAUAAGUGCGACGGGAUUUCGGACUGUAACGAUGGCAGCGACGAGGUGGGUUGCCCUACUCUGGCACCGGAUCAAUGUAACGUGGCGAAGCAGUUCCAGUGUGUCAGCAGUGCUAUCUGCAUACCCAGAAGCUGGUAUUGCGAUGGGACUCCGGACUGUCCCGAUAAAUCCGACGAGCCGGGACCAUCCUGCGGACACGUAGGCUGCCAGCCAGGUUUCUACAAGUGUAGGAAUGAAAAAUGCGUGUUUAAGGCUUAUAUUUGCGACGGGAAGGACGACUGCGGAGAUGGCUCCGACGAGGAUACCGAGUUGCAUGCUUGUACAGCUCCCGAAUUCAAGUGCGAAUCCCAGCAGUGGAAGUGUCCCAACGUCACUGACCGUUGCGUGAAUAUGACCAGUGUCUGCGAUGGAAAGCUAGAUUGCCCUAAUGGAGCUGACGAGGGUCCUGGGUGCGACUUCGAGGAGUGCAAGUACAGGGGACGGUAUUGCAGUAACGGCUGUUUAGAAACACCCAUGGGAACCCAAUGCACUUGUCCUCCUGGGGAAGAGUUGAGCAAGGAUGGCUACACUUGCCAGGACUUGAACGAAUGCGAACCACCUGGCAAGUGCUCCCAGGUCUGUAUGAACAUCAAAGGAGGCUAUUAUUGCAACUGCGUCGAAGGCUACACCUUGGAGAAGGAUAAACAUACUUGCAAAGCGUUCAACCACAGCGCCGCGUUCUUAAUAAUCUCCAACAGACACACCAUUCUAGUGGCGGAUCUUCAGGACCAGGCGCUCGAGAGGGUGCCUAUCAACGUGGAGAACGUCGUGGCGACUGCUAGUAACAUGCACACGGGCACCAUCUUCUGGUCGGACAUGAAAUUGAAGAAGAUAUCCAGACUGGACAGAGGCACCGACCCUGAAGACGUUAUAUCGACCGGGUUGGACUUGGUAGAAGGGCUUGCUUACGAUUGGAUAGGUCAGAAUCUCUACUGGCUGGACUCUAAACUGAACACCAUCGAGGUAGCCAAGGAGACAGGUGCUAGCAGGAUGAUCCUGGUGAAAGAGAACAUCACCCAGCCCAGAGGUAUGUGUCUAGACCCUAGUCCAGGGGCCAGGUGGCUCUUCUGGACGGACUGGGGCGAGAAUCCUAGGAUAGAGAGGAUAGGGAUGGAUGGGACGAACAGGUCCACCAUCAUCCACACCAAGAUCUACUGGCCUAACGGCUUGGCUUUGGAUAUAGCCAACAAGAGGAUAUACUUUGCCGAUAGUAAGCUGGACUUCAUUGACACUUGCCUUUACGAUGGGAGCAAGAGGAUUCAGGUGCUGGCUAGUUCGCACUAUCUCCUGCAUCCUCAUUCCUUGACGCUCUUCGAGGACACCAUGUACUGGACGGACAGACAGCUAAACAGGGUCUUGUCUGCUCACAAAUUCUACGGGGUUAAUCAAACGGUCGUUUCUCACUUGAUAUCUCAGCCACUGUCCAUACACGUACACCAUCCUGUUCUGCAGCCAAUCACGGUCAACCCUUGCGCCAAUGCAACCUGUGCUCAUCUAUGCCUGCUGUCACCCUCCAAUCCUCAGGGCUACAACUGCAAAUGCCAGGUUGGGUUCAAGCUGCUGCCUAAUGGACAGUGCCUGGAAGAAGAAACUCCGUACUUGAUGGUGUUGAGGGGUUCGCAGAUCGUGGACGUCUCUCUGGUUCCAGGCAGCACCAAGACCGGUUACAUAACCCCUGUCGUGGGUGUCGAAGGAGGAAGAUUCAUCGAUUACGAUAGGAAAGAGAGGAUGAUCUACUGGUUACAGACCAAAGACGACGAUGACGAGAACGGCACUAUUUAUACUUGUCCGUAUAACGGAGGUAACAGAACAGAGUUUCCUAAUCCCUCCGGAGACAGCGGUAUCGUCGGUGCUCCUUCAGCAAUGGCGUUCGAUUGGCUGGGAAGGAAUCUUUUUAUAGGCAACAAGUUUGCUUCUAAUAUCGAGGCUAUAAAAGUCGACGGUAAGACAAGGUACAGGACCAUAGUGCUAGCCAACGACGGGAAUAAGACUUCUGUAGCUAAACCCAAGGCCAUGUGCGUGGACCCUCUCGAAGGGCACAUCUUCUGGGUGGACGAAGGCAGCUUUGGUAUUCCUAUGAAGAUCGGCAGGGUCAACAUGGACGGCACGAAUCCUAUCAUUCUCGUAGAAAAUGUGGAAAGACCAGAGGCGAUCACGAUCGAUAUUCCCAGUAAAACGGUCUACUUCAGCUCUUUGUACCCUGCGCUAAUCGUAGCAAUUUCCACCGACGGAAAGAACCCGAGGACGAUCGUCUCCGAGAAUAUAGCAUUCCCGAAAGCUCUCGCUGUUCACGAAUCCAGGCUCUACCUCUUGGAUCCUCAGUACGAUAAAGUCGAGAAGGUGGACCUGCCAGAUGGACUCAAUCCCACGACGAUAAUAGACAACGAUUCGGCGCUGAAGACUCUGACUAUCUACAAGAAAAGGGUCACAGGUGAUCAUCCCUGUUUCGUGAACAACGGAGGCUGCGAACAGAUCUGUUUGCCGGCCUCUGGGGGAACCAGGGUCUGUGCUUGCGGCAUGGAGUACCGUCGGGUCACCGACACCUCGUGCGAGCCCUUCAAGACCUUCGCCGUGGUGACCCAGCUGGACGUAGCUAGAGGUUACAGCCUGAAGGAUGCCAAAGAGGCGAUGGUACCUAUCGCGGGAGUGGGUCAUCACAUUCUUCACGUGGACGUUUACUACGCUGGGAAUUGGAUCUAUUGGGUGGAGUUCAACAGAGGUGUUUGGAACGGUAUCUUCAGGGUCAGACCGAACGGAACCGAAUUGCAGCAUAUCGUGAAGCAGGGUAUCGGGUCGAAUGGCAUCAGGGGUUUGGCUAUCGACUGGGUAGCUGGGAAUUUAUAUUUCACCAACGUAUUUCCGCACGACAAUUACGUCGAGGUGUGCAAGCUCGAUGGUAGCAAUAGAAAGGUGUUGGUGAAGAAGACCACGGACUCGCCGAGAGAACUGGCCGUGAAUCCUAUCAAACGAUACCUGUAUUGGAUCGAUUAUGGACAGUAUCCUAAAUUAGGUAAGGCGCACCUGGACGGUAGCAACUGGAUGCCUAUUGUGACCUCGGGUAUCAGCACUCCACGGGACAUAACCAUAGACAUGGCGACUCAUGACGUCUACUGGGUAGACUCGAAGCAAGACACCAUACAAAAGGUCUCCUACACCGGUGGUAAUCGCGAAAUCAUUCGUCGCAAUCUUCCUAACCCUAUGGGUGUCGCUAUCUACGGAAAUGAUGUCUACUGGGUGGACAGGAACCUAGCAACGGUCUUCAAGGCCAGCAAGCGAGCCAACGUCAGCCUGCCGACGACAGUCAGGUCCAAUCUACCCAAAUUAAGGGACAUUGUCAUGUUCGACCAGAACAGUCAACCCGCAGACCCCACCAAUCCUUGCUCCAAGAGUGGCAAUGCCGGCUGCUCUCAGCUCUGCUUCGCCAUGCCUAAAGACAGCACGGCAGAGUACAAGUGCGAUUGCGCCAUAGGCAAACUAGCAUCGGAUGGCAAGAGCUGCGAGAACGUAGACGAGUACCUAGUGUUCGCCACCAGAACAGAGAUAAGGUCCAUAGGCCUGGACCCUCAAAACACCAGCGUGCCGUUUGCUCCAGUAGUGAACCUGACGAACGUAGUAGGCGUAGACUUUGAUUACAAAGAUAAAAAGCUUCUGUUUACUCAGAUCAGACCCUGGGCAAAGAUAGCCUGGAUGCAGGCAGAUAAUCCUUCCUCUUCGGAGAUUCACACUCUGAUCAACAAGGGAAUAAACCCUGAAGGGAUUUCCUACGACUGGACGCAGAAGAAGGUCUACUGGACGGACUCUUCCAACAACAGCAUCUACGCCAUGGAUAUAGACGGUUCUAAUCUAGUGAUGAUCGCCAGAGUGGACAGACCCAGGGCCAUCGUCGUGGACCCUUGCAACGGUUCCCUCUAUUUCACCGACUGGGGACGUUUCGGUACCUCCGGCAAGAUCUUCCGCACCACCAUGGCAGGCUCGUUGAAAAAAGCCAUCAUAGACAAAGACCUCUCACAACCCAGCGGCCUGGCCAUCGACUACGAAGACAGGAUGUUGUACUGGACAGACGCUGUCCGUGAGAAGAUAGAACGCUCGCAAUUAGAUGGUACCAGCCGCCAGGUCCUAGUCAGUGCCACUAUUUACCCGUUUGCCAUAACCGUGUUCAGGGAACACAUCUACUGGACAGACCUUCAGUUAAGAGGUGUCUACCGCGCAGAGAAGCACACAGGUGCCAACAAGGUGGAGCUCGUGAAGCGCCUAGAGGACUCCCCGAGAGAUCUGCACAUAUACUCGGCAGGCAGGCAGCAAUGCGAAGUGAAUCCUUGCAACAUCUCCAACGGUGGCUGCGACCAGUCCUGCCAUCCCGGCGUGAACGGCUCCGUGGAGUGCAAGUGCAACGACAGCAGCAGACUAGUCAACGAGGACAGAAUGUGCGUGCCGAAGAACGUGACCUGCGACUCCAGCAAAUUCGCCUGCAGAAACGGCCGUUGCAUCUCCAGGAUGUGGGCCUGCGACAGCGACGACGACUGCGGGGACCGUUCGGACGAGGACGUCAACUAUUGCUCGUAUCAUUCCUGCAGCCCCAACGAGUUCAGGUGCAACAACGGCAGGUGCAUCUUCAAGAGCUGGAAAUGCGAUCACGAGAACGAUUGCAGGGACGGGAGCGACGAGGAGGGCUGCGUUUACCCGCCCUGCGCUGCUGGAGAGUUCACCUGUGCUAAUCAUCGGUGCAUACCACAGUCCCAGGUCUGUAACGGGGUCAAUGAUUGCAAGGACAAUGUCACCUCCGACGAGACCCACGAACGUUGCCCGAUGAACACUACCUGUCCGCCUAAUCAUCUCAAGUGCGACAAGACUAAUAUCUGUGUAGAGCCAUAUUGGCUCUGCGACGGAGAUAACGAUUGCGGUGAUAACAGCGACGAGAAUCCUCUGCAUUGCGCUCAAAGAACCUGUCCUCAGAAUAGUAUAAGGUGCUCUAAUCACAGAUGCAUCCCUGCUACGUGGUACUGCGACGGUGACGACGAUUGUUUAGACGGCAGCGACGAACCCGUCGGGUACUGUCAGUCAGAGGGCAGAACCUGCUUCGGGGAUCUAUUCACCUGUGAUAAUGGAAACUGUAUACCGAGGAUCUACAUCUGUGACGGGGAUAACGAUUGCUCUGAUUACUCGGAUGAAGACGAGAGACACCAAUGCAACGACAGAAAGUGCGACGAGGAAACAGAGUUCACUUGCACAGCGAAUAAGGUGUGGAACAGGGCUCAAUGCAUCCCCAAGAAGUGGUUAUGCGAUGGAGAACCUGAUUGCGUGGACGCUGCCGAUGAGAACGUGACCAUGCUUCAUUGUCCUACGCCUAUACCUUGCGGAGAGGAUCAGUUCACGUGCGAUAACGGGCGCUGCUUGAAUCAGAAUUGGCUGUGCGAUCACGAUAACGAUUGCGGGGAUGGUAGCGACGAAGGGAAGUUCUGUAACUCGAGAUACAAGCCGUGUACCAGCCAGGAAUUCAGCUGCCAUAACUUCAAGUGCAUCAGGAAGCAGUUCCGUUGCGACGGGCAAGACGAUUGCGGAGAUCAUUCCGAUGAAGAUGGAUGCGCGCCGAAGGUGAAGAACGUGACUUGUCCGAACCCGGGAGAGUUCAUGUGCGCGAAUGGAAACUGCAUCGACCAACGCUUGGUCUGUAACAAGGAACCCGAUUGCUCGGACGAGAGCGACGAACCAGCUCAUUGCAACGUCGACGAGUGUGCACGAGUAGAGUUGAACCAGUGCGGACACAAGUGCGUCGACACGCCGACGGGAUAUUAUUGCGAGUGCAAUCCCGGUUACAAGUUAUUGAGCGACGGAAAGGCGUGCGAAGACAUAGACGAGUGCACGGAGACGCCAGGAGUUUGUAGCCAGCAGUGCGAAAACACUCCUGGGAGCUUUUACUGCAAGUGCAAUCGAUUAUGGUACGAUCGCGCGCCUGAUAAACACACCUGCAAGAGACGCGACAACAUCCAGCCGUGGAUCAUCUUCACCAAUAAAUAUUACGUCAGGAAUAUGUCCAUCGAUGCUUCGAAUUAUAGCCUGAUGCACCAGGAUCUCAUCAAUGUCGUUGCUUUAGAUUCCGAUUACGCUGAACAGAUGCUGUACUUCUGCGACGUGACUGCCAAGACCAUUUAUAGAGCACCGAUCGCCGGAGGCGAAAAAGAGGCGAUUAUCAAACACGAUAGCCUUGGAUUGGAAGGAAUAGCUAUCGACUGGGUUGGUCGAAAGUUAUACUGGUUGGAUCGCCACGCUAAACACUUGGAUGUUGCUGAACUUAAUGGAACCAACAGGAAGACUCUACUAACUGGAAUAGCAGAUCCACGCGCCAUUGUCGUUCAUCCUGGAACUGGCUACUUGUAUUUCACUUCUUGGCAUCUUCAGGCUUACAUUGGCAAAAUGGGAAUGGAUGGCAGCAACUUCACAAGAAUCCUUACAUUGGAGGAUGGUAUCGCUUGGCCCAAUGCUUUAACCAUCGACUACUUCACCGAUAGGAUAUUCUGGGCAGAUGCUCAUCUCGAUUACAUCGCGUUCGCUGACUUGGAGGGUCAAAACAGACGAAAGGUCCUUACUGGAUCCGCCGUACCCCACGUCUUUGCUAUCACUGUCUUCGACGAACACAUUUUCUGGACCGAUUGGAACCUGAAGGCUAUCAGCAGGGCUGAAAAGUUCACCGGUGCUAAUUUGAGAGUGCUACGCAACACUACUCACCGACCAUACGACAUCCAUGCUUACCAUGCUCUGCGACAAUUGCCUUAUUACAAUCCUUGUAUGAAAAACAAUGGCGGUUGCUCGCAUCUCUGCUUGCUAUCGCCACCUGCGAGUUCCUAUCUGCUCGAGGAAUACGGGCAACCAGGUGUUACGUCGUACAAGUGCAAGUGCCCUAAUCAGUUCAUAUUGGAUAAGGAUGGCAAGACUUGUACCGCUAACUGCACCGCUGGCCAGCAUCGUUGUGGACCUCCGGAUGAGAAAUGCAUACCUUGGUAUUGGCGAUGCGACGGUGAAAAGGAUUGCAAAGACGGCUCCGACGAACAAUGGAAUUGCCCGACGCGUGUUUGCCGUCCCAGCGUCUUCCAGUGUGCAAACGGCAAUUGCAGACCCAACGUGGCCGUCUGUGACGGUGCUGACGACUGCGGUGACAAAAGCGACGAAGCUCACUGCUCUUUGGAAUGCGGCGAAUUGGAGUUCAAGUGCAAGUCGAAUGGACGUUGCAUCCAUGAAUCUUGGAAAUGUGACGGAGACGCUGACUGCAAGGACGGUAGCGACGAAGAUCCCGCCAUCUGUCACAACCGACCCUGCGACCCAGAUACGGAGUUCAACUGCAAAAAUGGCAGAUGCAUUCAGAAAGUAUGGAUGUGCGACUCUGAUAACGACUGCGGCGACGACAGCGACGAGCCAGCUUACAUGUGUCGGCAAAGGAACUGCACCAUCGGUUGGGAACGGUGUCCAGGCCACGCAAACUAUCGUUGCAUACCUAAAUGGUUGUUCUGCGACGGCAAGGACGACUGUCGCGACGGAUCCGACGAACGUCCUGAGAACUGUCCUAAAUGCGACCCUGAAAUGGAUUUCAAAUGCGCUAAUAACAGAUGCGUGCCUAAGCAAUGGCUCUGCGACUUUGCCGACGAUUGCGGGGAUGGAAGCGACGAAGCCGAAGCAAUGUGCAAGGAUCGCUACAGAAAAUGCUCAGAAUCGGAAUUCCGCUGCGACAAUGGCAAAUGCAUCGCUUCUAGGUGGAGGUGCGACAACGAGGACGAUUGCGGCGACAACAGCGAUGAGACCGGUUGUCAGACAUUUGUCUGCCAGAACAAUACUUUCCAAUGUAGAAGUGGCCACUGUAUAGCGUCUUAUCUAAGAUGCGACGGAACGAGAGAUUGUCGAGACAUGAGCGAUGAAAUAGAUUGUCCACCCAAGUAUCCUGGUGGAAGGUAUUGUCCACAAACGAGGUUCCAGUGUGACAACAACCUGUGCGUGUACCUUACAGACAUAUGCGACGGAAGCGACGAUUGCGGCGACGGUUCUGAUGAAAACCAAAGCAUGUGUGAAAACUUCAAGUGCGAUAUAACGAGGAGGUUCCAGUGCGCCAAUCACAAAUGCAUCACCAAGUAUCAAUUAUGUGACGGUGUCGACAACUGCGGUGACGGAUCCGACGAGAACAACAUGACGAUGUGCGCAACCAGGAUUCGCCCUUGCGAUCCGAUAACAGAGUACACUUGCGCGAAUAAAAAGUGCAUCGACCGAUCGAAACUCUGUGACUUUGCUGAUGACUGCGGCGACUCCUCCGAUGAACUUGGUUGUCAUCACAACAAGCCCUGCUUGGACAGCAACAAAGGAGGUUGUUCGCACUAUUGCCACAAUAUAACAGACGGCGGUUACAUUUGCGCCUGUUAUCCCGGUUACAUAAUUUCCCAAGAGAAUAAAAAGCAUUGCGAGGACAUCAACGAAUGUUCCACAGGGCAACAUCAGUGUUCUCAAUUGUGUACCAACAUGAACGGAACUUAUUCCUGCUCCUGCCGAAAGGGUUUCGAGCUUUCCGACAAUCGCAGCGGAGUCUGCAAAGCUCAGGACACCGAAGCGAUGAUAAUGUUUGCGAACGGGCCAGAAAUCAGGGCGUACGACCUUCAUAAGAAGGACGAAAUCGAAGUGAUCGCCAACGAGAAGAGAGUACAGUCUAUCGAUUUCGAUCCUAGACAGGAAUACGUGUUCUGGAUCGAUAGCCACGACUCUUCCUUCAAGAGGUCCUACAUGGUGAACGCUAAACACGGACAGGUCAAGAUUGGAUACGCGCAGGAUCUCAACAUAAAAAGCGACUCAACGCCCACGAGUUUAGCAGUCGAUUGGAUUUCUGGUAAUCUUUACUGGACAGAGAUUGACUCUUCAGGCGCGACACCGUUUGGCCGAGUAAUGGUCUCGAAAGCUGACGGCAGGUACCGUCGAAGUUUGGUAACGGUGGGUCUAGAGAUUCCAAUUUCGAUCGUGGUAGACCCCGAGAUCGGUAGAGCUAUCUGGGCAGAUGUUGGCAGUCAGGCCAAGAUCGAAACUGCUUGGAUGGAUGGCGACAAGAGAAAACAACUGGUCACGGAACGUAUCGGUCACCCUGUUGCCCUCAGCAUCGAUUACGCUAUGGAUCAUGUCCUUUACUGGGCCGAUAGCAAGCUCAACACCAUAGAAUCCAUCAACCAAGAUGGCUCGAACAGAAAAGUGGUCCUUAAAGGUGAAAGUCUGAAGCAUCCGUUGUCGUUGGACAUUUUCGAAAGCACUCUUUACUGGACGACCAGGAAUACCGGUGAGCUGAUCCGACAGGACAAAUUCGGCAGAGGAGUGCCGCAAACUAUCGUUAGGAACAUCCCUGUUCCCGGAGGAGUCAAAGUGUACCACCCGCUGAGAUACAACACCACCUUAAGGAAUCUCUGUCACGAUGACCAAUGCACGCACCUGUGCGUUCCUAUACCUGGUGGAAAUCGAUGCCUUUGUUCCGACAGCAUCGGUCCACUUCAGCAAAGGGACUCUAUGUUAUCCAACGAAAGACACUGCGAUGCAACGAACGAGAGGCCUUUACCUGCGCCAAGAAUUUGUCCUUGCAGAAACGGUGGACUAUGUCAAGAAACGGAGGGCGACAAUAAGUUACAGUGCUCCUGCCCGCCUUAUUUCCACGGAGAGCAUUGCGAAACGGGAUUGGUGGUUGUCUGGUCUGGCAACGCCACUGCAGCAAUCGUUAUUCCUAUCGUUAUCUCUGUCUUGGUUCUGCUAGGAGCUGCAGCUGUCAUUAUGGUGCUCAAGAAACGACCGUUUGGAAAGCCUGGUGGUCUUGGCAGUCUAACUGGUGCUCAGAGUGUGUCUUUCAGACAGGGAAGCAACGUCGAGUUUGGCACACCUGCUCACGAAAGAAUGGAACCCCUGGACGUGGAGUACAACCUGGGCGACGUGAGCACCAAGAACAGAGAUUUCAGCAAUCCCAUGUACGACGCUGUGAACACUGAGACAGGCGCUACCAAUGGCACUGGUGCAAGCAGCAUGUACGAGCUACCUGCUGAGAUGAAGCCAUCCAGCAUCCAACACAAAGAACCGCCUCAGUUGCACCUGAAGAGAAAGGAACUCGAUCCCACGCCCGUGGACUCGGGGAAGGACACGCAACAGUUAGUCGAAGAAGACAAGUCCGAGUGUUAGAUAGUUUAACUCUUUCAUGCAGUGACGUAGUUAGAACGUUGAGGUGAUACAAGGAAAGCAAAUAGACCAGCAGCUGACGAUAAUAAUUCUCUUAGUAGAGCCAGUAAGUGCCUUUUUAAUGUGAUCCGUCGAAGUAAUUUGCAAAUUGUUUCAAUUGUUGCAAUUGUUGUUUGUCUUUGCUAUUUUUAUUUGCUUCCUUUCAGAUAUAGUUUCAUUGUUUACCAUGCCACAUUAUUAGAUUCGUAAGGGUUGUGAAUUUCAUUCAUCGAUGUUUGGAAGGCAUUGCAGUUUGACUGGUUUUAAUUUUAAAGAAUCAACUAUUUUCCGUUUAGAUUUUAUGUCAUCGAAAUGUCACGAGAAGUUACGAAGGGAUCGGGAGCGAUAGAAAGACUCUGAAAGCGGGGCUUUUCAAUUUUUAUUUUUUUUUUUUUUUUUUUAUAUUUAUUUAUACGAAUUUUAACAUUUUAUACGAAUUUUAAACAUUUUUGAGAGAUUUUAUCCAGUUUCAAUAAAGGGGAAUUUUUUCGUGGAGCACAAGACUGAAUUCUACGCAACUUUUGCAAUGUAACACGGGGAUUGCGAAGCUGCGUAUCGGAAAUGUCGGAAUUCUUGUUGGAAGUAACUUUGUGUGCCUGGAAAACAAAAUCUGAUUCAUGGAUACUUUAAAUUUUCAACCUCAAAGGUAAGUUAGUUUGAGUGAAAUUUUGUAUGCCGGGAAGAACGACAUUUGGUCGAUGAAUCUCUUUUCCAUUUUUAAUGUUCAACAUAAAUAUGUUUGAUCGUAAUUUAUGACGCGUUUCAGAUAAGAGAAAUAUUACGAAAUCUUUUGAUAUACUUUGCAUUUUACGUAGCCGUUGUGAACGUUCUUUUAACGAAAUUAUGAAUGUAUUCUUAGUGAUAUGCAUCUGUGUGCGCAACCGCAUUGUAAUGCAUUACUUGUAAAUUGUCGAAGAUAACGGAGCGCGAAAUGUGCAUCUGACUACGCCACUGCUUUUAUGUAGAGAUGCUUUCGCAUCUGUUGCACUUCCAUCUCGAGCUAGUUUUAAUUAUUACGCAAAUUCGGACGUAGAAAACGUAGUAGAAAUUAAGCGGAAUACCAAAAAUUUACUAACAAAUUUCCAGAAAUUCGAAAAGCUCAGCAAAAAGAAGAAACGAGUGAGAAGUUUACGAAAUGGAAUAUAACGUGUUUUUGAUUAAAACCGUGUCGAGAUAGAAGCGCAAUCAAUGAGUUUGUCUCGUCUUAGGUGCGAUUUGUAAGUCUUGUAAAUACGAUUAUCGCAGAAUAUUAUUUUCACGUUGUUCAUGUACCAUAAAGAAGCAAAACAUUCCAUAUUUCCGUAGGCUGCUCGAGGCUCGGACAAAGAAAAGGUUGUUAAAGCGUUAAGUAAGUUAACACUUCACCUACCGGGCUUAUUUAUUAGCGUGGAUUAACCCUAUGGACACCUAAAGGUAGUUAGGUGGGUUGCUGUUAUUAAAUAAGUCUAUCGAAGCCUAUAAGUCUUCGAAUGAAGUGCUGUUAGAGUAACUCGAGUUGACUAAAGCUGAGAGUAUGUAAACAACCGAAAAAUUAACCACAGUCGAUAGUCUCUUCUAGGCAGCUGUUGAAACUGAAAACACUAGAAAUAUUCCCCGGUAGAUAAAGUGUUAUUAAGGAGACAGGCCUCGGCGAAAGGGUCACCUCACAGAACAAACGUUUUCUAAGCGAACCGGAGGAACAAAUCUCCCCUCUUCUGUUAUAUUUCUUUCUCUCAAAGUCUGCUCGAUCACACGAGCGUUGUUAUGUUGUACAUUUUUCUAGACUAUGCGCGGGGGAACGUCAGUGUACAGCAGCUGUGAUCUUAAAAAUUACAAAUUGGGUCUGAAAGUAUGCAAGGUGAUCUUUCAUUAACAAACGAAGCGCGCCUCUGCUAUGAACGAGUGAGAGAAUUUAUGUUUAAAAAAGAUUUUUACUCGGUACAGUAGAAUCUCGAUUAUGUCCCAAUUGCUGCGAAGCGAUAUCUAGGAUGCGAAGCGUUGUUUAACAAUGUGUAAUUGUAAACUUGGAAUCUAGAGUUUGUUGUUAUACGUUGGAUCAAAUUAUACAGAUUGUUAACAUACGUCAAUCAUUUUUUAUUCUCUACCAGGGUCCACCAACCGAUUAUCGAAUGAUUUAUCUGGCUCCAAGGAGUUAUGCGAGUAGCUCACCUAGCGCCGGUACGGCGAUAAACUGAACUGUAAGCAUGGAGCGCAAGGAAUUAAAAAAUUCAGCUCCGCAAACUUCCGUAUUUUUGUAUAAACAAUUUCAGCUCGAGCAAUCGUCUGAUCAAGUUUCUACUGUACAAUUCUCUCUCUUUUUUUUUUUUUUUUUUUUAAUCUAACGUAACACGAGCGUUGUGUAUAUAUAUAUAGAUUUUCAGAUCAACGUAGAGAAUGAGCGGCACUGACUCACCUUCUUUACAGAUUAUACAUAAAGUUAUAUAAAUAAACAAAUCUAUCUAUUAUAUAUGUAUAUGUAUGAACACGUGCGAUGGGUAAAUUUAAUGCGCGUUAAUUAUUAUUAAUCAGAAACGACUUUAUCCUGGGCGGGGCUCCAGAGUGUCCUAAUAUUAUUUUAUCUGUAUCAGUAUUUUCUGUAUUUUUUUAACGAGCCGAUGAGAUAACGAUUGUUAAUAUAUUGUUUGAACAUUAAACAGGUACCGUCCAAGAAUAAACAAUGAAGUUUA